UAUUAUGUUCUAAUAUCCCAACAGUACUGAAAAGCGAAUAUAAGUUUGUACAUGUUCUGCUCGUGCAUGUGCGCUGUAUAUUUGCUCGGAUGUCAACAAACCUUCGCUGUUCCAAGCGCCCGAACAGCUGUACUUGACAGCUGGCUGUCAGGGCACGUAAACAUUACAUAAACAAUUGUUUCUUCUAUUCGCCGGUUGUGCAGUGUAUUAACUAGUAAUGCGGUUAAAAGUGAAGGCCGUGCCUAUAAAGGCAUGUAUUCGAACAGUCUGUACCAGCAGCCGGGUGGACAAAUCGUUAGCAAAGUGGUACCAAAGCUUGUGGCAACCGAAAGGUAACGAACCACCGUACGACCAUGUCGUGCAAUUGGGCGAUCCCGUACUGCGUGUGCCGGCGAACUUGAUCCCUGAAAAGGAGCUUAAAUCACCCGAAGUACAGUAUCUAGUCAAACAUCUCGUUAAGGUGAUGCGAUCUUACAAAUGCGUCGGACUGGCGGCACCACAGCUCGGCCUUCCGCUACGCGCAUUUGUGAUGGAGUUUAAGGAGGAACUGCGGGACCAGUACACCAAGGCCGACUAUAAGCUGCGCGAAAUGGAACCCUUACCAUUGACGGUUUUUUUAAACCCCGAACUAAAAGUGCUCAACUACGAAAAGGUGACACACACGGAAGCGUGCGAAAGUGUCCGCGGAUAUCGAGCCGAUGUAGCACGGUAUCGGGAAAUCAUGAUAAAAGGGUUCGACGCUUCCGGAGAACCAAAGGAACUGCAGCUGAAAGGAUGGAAUGCUCGCAUAGCGCAGCACGAGAUGGAUCACCUAAAUGGGAUCGUUUACACGGAUCUAAUGAAUAGGAAAACCUUUACCUGCUCCUGCUGGCAGGCGGUCAAUGCAAAUAAUGGGCGCAUAAAGCUAUCGUUUGCAAAUAAAUAACCAGUACGAAAUACUAGAAAACAUGCACAGAUCAU